ACUUGGAUUAUCAUAUGCAUUAAUCUUCAACUGUUUCUCCAUUGCUUUGGAAAACCGUGUGGAAACCCAAUCACUGAUGCUGUUAAUGACAUUCCGAAACUGGUAGGAAAUAUUCCAAAUGAUUACAAUAUGAGUGUGAGAUAUGUUCCAGAAAAAGAUGGUCUGCCAAAACAUUGUUGGUUGUAUAUGAUGGUCUUUGAAAUGACUCGUCACCUAGAUAAUUUAUCAACAAAAUUUGAAAAUACAUCACAGAACUUUUUGAUUAUAGAUAAUCUUUCCAAGAUUUUUAAAGGCAUCAGACAAUGUAUCCGACUCAAAGAUGAAAUGGACUUUGACUCGGCCUCUUCUUUGUAUCGAGUAGAAGUAAUCAAAGCCAGAGAUUUUUUCAGUUAUGUGACUAGUACAAUUGAGGUUUUUAAAGAAAUCAACGACACAGAGUAUUCAAGACUUUGUAUCCUGCCUCAAGAAUAUGAAUUUGAGUAUACUACUGAGGAUGAUUUUCUAAUUCUUGACUCAAAUCAUGAUCUGCCAUAUGUUCCAAGCACACGAAAGAAUAGUAGCAGAUUUGAUUCAUCUGCCAGGUCCGGAUUCAGCACUGGUACAUCUAUACAGUACAGUACAGUGUUAAUAGCACUGGCCUGCCUAGUCAUUGGAUUUUUAUUAGGAGUCUUGUGCUUGUGGAAGUUUAAACACAGACAAACUCAGACACAGGAUAACCUGUCUGCAGUUGCAGUUGAACCAAGAGCUGAAAAUGAAUCACGACAUAUAUUGCAACUGGCGAAAAUUAUCUCAGUGUAA